AUGGGUAAUAAGGCAGCUAAAAAACCAAUAUCAACUGAAUUAACAGACAAACAAAUUCUUUUAUUGAAAACCAAUACGAAAUUUACUGAACAAGAAAUUCGAGAAUGGCAUGCGGGUUUCAUACGUGAUUGUCCGAAUGGUAAAUUAGAUAAGAAAAAGUUUUUAGAGAUAUAUCAACAAUUCUAUCCGGGUGGUAAAGCACAAAAAUAUUGCAAAUAUGCAUUUGAUGUGUUUGACAAAAAUAAUGAUGGUGUUAUUGAUUUCGAAGAAUUUCUCAUAUCAAUAUCCGCUUCAAGUGAAGGAGACCUUGAUGAUCGUCUUCAAAUUGCUUUUGAUUUAUAUGAUAUCUCGAAUGAUGGAUUAAUUGAUCAAAAAGAAUUGACGACAUUACUUACAGCUAUGUAUGAUCUUGUUGGUGAAGAGGAUCGUAAAGGUGAUAAAGAUCCAAAAAAACGUGCUGCAGAUAUUAUAACAAAACUUGAUGCAACUGGCGAUAAGAAAUUAAAUAGAGCAGAGUUUGUUAUGGGAUGCAAGCAAGAUCCAGUACUUCGUAAAUUACUUGCUCCUAAUGUUUAA